UUGGUUCGAAAUUAAUAGUUCAUCUUGUUUCGCUUCACUGUUGUCUUUUUAAAAGUCCACGGGAAGUUUUAAGGUUUUAAUGUGUUCUCAUUGGUGAGUGCCAUUUCUUUAAAGGGGUUCAGUAGUUACCUUUCAUGUUUUGGUAGUGUGAUUGAGACUCUGGAGUCUGUCUGCAAUGGUGAGUGAAGCUGAUAACAAGUUCACUUGGGUGAUAAAGGAUUUCUCCUCUCUGCAAUCUCAGAGGAUCUACUCCGAUAGAUUUUUGAUUGGUGGCUACAAAUGGUGUCUUAUUGCUUAUCCAAAAGGAUCUAAAGUUGAUUGCCUGUCUCUGUAUCUUGGAGUAGCCGAUCAUGAAUCAUUGCCACUUGGAUGGAGAAGGAACACAAAAUUUUCACUCAAAGUGGUAAAUCAAUUUUCAGAGAAGUCAUCUGUAUCGCGAGAAGCAACCGAGUGGUUUGAUCAGAAGACUCACUCUUUUGGUUUUACGAAACUUCUUCCACUUGCCAAACUUCAUGCCAAAGACGGUGGAUUUCUUGUGAAUGAGGAGCUCAAGAUUGUUGCAGAGGUAAAUGUUCUUCAAGUUAUCGGAGAAUCUGAUAUGUCAGAAGGCUCUCAAGAGACAAACCAACGGCCUAUGAAAAAGAUGAAGAUGGAACAAUAUGUUACGGGAUCUAGUGAUUUACACAAGGAAACUCUAGUGGGAAACGAAACCGUUGAUGUCAAUGGGUUUCAAGUCUCUACAUUACAGGUAGCAUAUGUGAGGUGUAUAUUUGAAAAACACCCAGACUUUGCAUCAAAACUCCGUUCAAAUAAUCAGCACCUGAAGUCGUCAUACAUUCUCCUCGGACUAAUUGAAACACUCUGCCAGGUGCCUGAGAAUCUAUCUGAUAGUGAUUUGGAUGAAGCAUCGGCUGCGGUUUCGUACUUAACGCAGGUUGGCUUUAAAGUUGAUUGGUUGGAGGAGAAGCUGGAGGAAGUAAAAGAAAAGAAGACAAAAGUGAACACUGGCAAGGCUCAGCUGGAACACAUGGAGGAAGAGUUUAAGGUACUCAACAAGAAAUGCUUGGAACUUAAAGAUCUUGUGGAGAAGCAGAAUGCAGAUGUGUCGGCCGCCAAUAUUGCUCUCUUGUUCGAUGAUGUUGUUGACGUUUCAAGAGUUGUCAUAAACUUGUAGUUUGUUUUUUUUUCCUUGGUAAAUCUGUUAAUGGUAUAAAUGAUUAAAUAGUUUCUGAAAACACCACAAUUCACAAAGUAUAUGCAGUGUUCUAAAAAUCAGUA